AUGUCUAACGAACUCGGAGCAUUUGCUCAAUCCGAAUCAUCAAUUUUCGCAUUGGUUCGUAGACAAUUCACUAAACCUAAACCUCUGCCCACAGACAUUCGGCUCACUGGCAAAAAUGCCAUUAUCACUGGAAGCAACGCAGGACUAGGGGCUGAGGCAGCACGCCAGCUUCUCGGCCUUGGGCUGUCGCAUCUCAUUAUGGGUGUCCGCUCGCAGACCAAAGGCGAGGCAGCUGCGCAAGAGCCGCGAAAGGAGUUCACCGGCGCCACUAUUGAUGUCUGGGUUAUCGAUAUGAAUUCCUAUGAUUCAAUUCGGGCUUUUGCAAGCCGAUGUGAAACACUUUCGCGGAUCGACAUUGUUCUGCUGAAUGCUGGCGUGCUCAACGGCGAAUUCUCUACAAACGCCUCUACCGGUCAUGAAUCGUCCUUGCAGGUCAACUACCUUUCCACUGCUCUCUUGACCAUACUACUCCUCCCCAUACUCAAGACCAGGAAGUCUACAGCCCCAGGAGCCCGUCCACCAGUACUGAGUCUAGUGGGGUCCGAUACAAUGUACAUGGCAAACUGGGAGACUCAAGGUCCAGUGCUUCGGCAAUUUGACGAGCCUAGCUCCUUCGACCCGCUUCAGACCUAUGCAAAGUCCAAGCUAGUUCUGAUGCUGUUUGUUACCAAGCUGGCCGACUUUGUCAAUUCCAAUGAUGUCGUGCUGCAGGUCGUGAACCCCGGGAUGACCGCCAGUACUGGGCUGAGCAAUAAUAGGUCAUGGAUGGAUCAAUUAAUGACGCGCAUUCUUCACUUCUUGAUGGCGAGGUCGACGGAGACUGGUGCAACCACGUAUGUUGAUGCAGUGGUCGGAAAAGGAGUAGAGAGUCAUGGCUCCUUCGUCAGCGAAUGGACUAUCAAGCCGUACCCUGUGAUUUGGUACGAACCAGAGGGAAAGGAGAUUACAAAACGACUAUGGGAGGAAACAAUGGAAGAGCUAAACUUUGUCCGUGCAUCAAAUAUCUUAGGUAACCUGAAAGGUCAAGUUUGA